CUUCCCUCUCAAGAGCGCGUGUCCCCGGCGCGCGUCGCCGUGCCACGCGGGACUGACCUCGCGCACUCCCGUGCCGUGUCACAACUUGUUUGCUGCUCCCGAAUAAAACCUUUCCACCGCUGCGUGCGGAUAGGCGGUCUUCAAAGAAAUCCUUAUUUGAAGCUCGCGUGGCCGAACUAACGAACUGACAAAACAGGGGGCGAUGCCUAAAGCGUUCUCCUCGUUGAUAUUCUCAUCCAAACCAACAGCUCCCGACCAGACGCCGCACAUUCUUCUCGGCUCCUGCUCCGAAUCACACCGUGUUGGUCUGGAGAUCGUGCGCGGAGCAACUGCGCCUGUCUUUGUCCGACUGUCCGCACCUGUGUGAGAGUUGACGCUCUCCCAGGUGGCUGCGCCAAUCCGCAGCGCGCGCUUCUCUCAGCUGAUACGUUUGAAAUCAAUGUUGCCAGAUCUUUGCAAAAGCCUCGAGUAACAGGUCGAUUUGUCUGAUCCCUUUGUUUACGGGGAUGAUAAUCAUUUCUUCAGUCUGGCAUCCUAUCGGAUUUAGAAUGGCAACCAUUUUUUUGAAAUUGUAAAAUUUAUCUCAAGAAAGUAAAACGCGCGUUUUUUUCCAUCAGAACGUCGAAGUGGGCGGCAGCGUAAGUGUUUUUGUUUUAGUUCUUUUGUUAGGGGGGGGGCUCUUGAACCCCCAGCACCCGGCGGCUCGUCGUGCACGUGAGACUGUGUCUGCAGCACCACGGACAGCUCCCGCUCCGCUGCACGCGCGGCGCAAACUUCAGCCGGCGACGACCCUCCUCCUCCUCCUCCUCCUCCUCCUCCUCCUCCUCCAUCUCCAUUCACCCGGCGGCUCCGGAGCAAUUCACCUGCCGCUCUUUGAUUUCUGGCUUUGUUUUUAAAAAACCUAAACAAAAACACACAAAAACCCAAAGCCCCCCUCAACCCCGCGGCGGAGGAGGAUGCUGCCGCGCCGGCUCGAUGCAGUUCACUCAUCGCACAGAAGCGCCGGAACGCGAGGGAGCCCGCACAGGCUGUAAUCUACAACAUCUCUGAAGAAGACAAGGACGGAGAGGAUGACAUUGAUCCUGUAAAUGGCCUCCGUGAGCCUUACUCUCCUUCUCUUCAGUGCUGCCAUCAUCCAAAGCUGACCAGACGCUGACCACAGAAACCACCGGCAGGACACUGACCUUAUUUUGCCCAGGGAUAUGUCAUUGGGGAAAUCCCCUGUGUUGGGGGUGCGCCCUGUGCCCCGACCACUCCGGCUGUCCCACCUCAGCCUGCUGUUCUUAUGUGUGUCUCUCUUUGCCCAGGCUCCCCAAGGUUUGCCUGUGGUAGGUUAUAACACUGACUUAAAGAGGGAGAUCACACUGGAUGGAGACUUGAUGAUUGGCGGCCUGUUCCCUGUGCACCAGAAGGGGGAGGCCGCAGAAGACUGCGGGAAGAUAAAUGCUCAGAGAGGGAUCCAGAGACUGGAGGCCAUGCUGCUGGCACUGGAUGAAAUCAACAGGGAUGAGCACAUCCUGCCUGGGAUCAGACUGGGCGCUCACAUACUGGACACAUGCUCAAAGGACACCUAUGCUCUGGAGCAGUCGCUGGAGUUUGUCAGGGCCUCCCUCACCAAAGUAGAUGACAGUGAGUACACGUGCCCCGACGGCUCCUAUGCCAUCCACGACGACGUCCCCCUGGCUAUCUCUGGGGUCAUAGGGGGCUCCUACAGUGACGUCUCCAUACAGGUGGCCAACCUGCUGCGACUCUUUCAGAUCCCUCAGAUCAGCUACGCCUCCACCAGCGCCAAGCUCAGCGACAAGACGCGCUAUGACUACUUCGCCCGCACCGUGCCCCCCGACUUUUACCAGGCCAAAGCCAUGGCAGAGAUCCUGCUUUACUUCAACUGGACCUAUGUAUCUACAGUGGCAUCAGAAGGUGACUAUGGUGAGACUGGGAUUGAUGCCUUCCAGCAGGAGGCCCGAGCCCGCCAGAUCUGCAUUGCCACCUCGGCCAAGGUCAGCCGCUCCAUGAGCCGUUGGAGUUACGAGAACGUGAUCCGCUCCCUGCAGCAGAAAUCCAACGCCAAGGUGGUCAUCCUGUUCACACGCAGCGAAGAUGCCCGUGAGCUGCUGGUGGCAGCCAACCGCAUGAACGUCACCUUCACCUGGGUGGCCAGUGAUGGCUGGGGGGCACAGGAGAGUGUGGUGAGGGGCAGUGAAGCUGUGGCAGAUGGGGCGUUCACCAUCGAACUGGCCUCCUAUCCUAUCCCUCAGUUUAACGACUACUUCACUGCACUGCACCCGUACAACAACACCAGGAAUCCCUGGUUCAGAGAGUUUUGGGAAAACCAGUUCCAGUGCAGCCUCCAUGAUCUGGGCUGUGGGAAGCAUUCGCUCCGCGAGGUUCCAUUUCAACCAGAAUCUAAGAUCAUGUUUGUCGUGAACGCUGUCUAUGCAAUGGCUGUGGCCUUACAUAACAUGAGACAGGCGUUAUGCCCCAACUCCACCAAAGUGUGUGACGCUCUAAAACCUGGCAAUGGCAGAAAGUUUUACAGGGACUACAUUCUCAAGGUCAAGUUUGACGCACCAUUCCGUCCACCAGACACAGAGAAUAUAGUCCGCUUUGACGGCUUUGGAGACAGCCUUGGCCGUUACAACAUUUUCCACUAUCACAAAGAGGGUGGACGCUACGUCUACCGAAAGGUCGGAUACUGGGCUCAGAGCCUGACCCUAAACACUAGCCUGAUCCCCUGGGCUGGCCAGGUUGCCCCCACCUCCCAGUGUAGUGACCCUUGCCGGAAGAACGAGGUGAAGAGUAUGCAGCCUGGAGAUGUGUGCUGCUGGAUCUGUAUCCCCUGUCAGCCGUUCCAAUACUUGCAGGACGAGUUCACCUGUGCUGACUGUAGUUUUGGCCAGUGGCCCCUCGCCAACCUGACAGGCUGCUACGACCUGCCUGAGGAGUACAUCCACUGGGAAGACGCCUGGGCCAUUGGACCCGUCACCAUUUCCACUCUCGGGAUGAUGUGUACGCUGUUUGUCGUUGGCCUCUUCCUUAAACACAAUGAAACACCCGUGGUGAAGGCCAGUGGUCGAGAGCUCUCCUACAUUCUUCUGCUGGGAGUGCUGAUGUGUUACAGCAUGACCUUCAUCUACAUCGCCAAACCUUCCACUGCAGUGUGUACACUGCGCCGACUAGGCUUAGGCACCUCCUUUGCUGUGUGCUACUCAGCCCUCCUAACCAAGACCAACCGCAUCGCUCGGAUCUUCAGCGGGGUGAAGGACGGAGCCCAGCGGCCUCGAUUUAUCAGCCCGGCCUCUCAGGUCGCCAUCUGCGGUGCUCUGAUCUCCUGCCAGCUGAUAGUGGUGGUGGUCUGGCUGCUGGUGGAGGCCCCAGGGGUGAGAAAGGAAGUGAGCCCGGAGAGGAGAGACGUAGUCACCCUCAAGUGUAACAGCAAGGACUCCAGCAUGCUCAUGUCUCUCACCUACAACUGCGUCCUCAUUAUCCUCUGCACGGUCUACGCCUUCAAGACCCGCAAAUGCCCCGAGAACUUCAACGAGGCCAAGUUCAUCGGGUUCACCAUGUACACCACCUGCAUCAUCUGGCUGGCUUUUCAGCCCAUUUUCUAUGUUACUGCCAGUGACUACCGGGUGCAGACCACCACCAUGUGCAUCUCCGUCAGUCUGAGCGGGUCGGUGGUGCUGGGCUGCCUCUUCGCUCCCAAGGUUCACAUCAUCCUGUUCCAGCCGCAGAAGAAUGUCAGCACCCUCCGGGUGGCCACCACCCGCUUCAGCGUCACUACAGGCCCGGGCUCCAGUUUCUCUCAAGGUGCCACCUUGAUACACAAAGACUAAAGCAUAGUAACACCAAAAACAUCAGCCUCCAAUGUUGUUCCAACAGUGUGUAAUGGACGAGAGGUGGUGGACUCCACAACAUCCUCCUUGUGAAGAUCGGCCGAGUUCCUCUGCCAAGCGUUGUAAACAGAGUUAUUUAAUCACUAGUCCUGGAUCAGGUGUCUCAGAUAUUAAAGAGGUCACACAGACGAUUGUCCUGACUUAGUUGUCCUCAAAGUGCUGUGAGUACAAUGUCCCAAUUAUUUCAUUUUGUUCUUUGACUCUUAGGGAUUUUAAAUGACAUGCCAAUACAGUCGCAUAUAGCCCUUCUUUUUAUUGAGGAUUCUACUUGCAACAAUGGAGUAAAUUAUAGUAAAUCUGUUAAAUGUAAUAUAUACAAAACGUUUUUAAUGUAGAUUUUGGUGAACGAGUUUGUGCUUUCUUGUAAUUUAUGUAAAUAAAAUGUGUUUUUUAUUAAUACUAAAA